AUGGAUCCGUCAAUUGUCCAAAGGAAGCCUACAGCUACUAUCCAUCAUGGUCCAGCUCCUGUUGCUGACAGUGCUGCUACUGAGCAGGAGAUCAGUGCUGGUUUCCAGACCGAUUUCAGUGUCACCAAUCGUCUUCUGCCCACUGUAGGCUAUGGGAACGGCUCUCCAAAACAACAAGACCGACUUCCUCCUCCACCUCCGGCGUGGCAGCCUUCCGAGCAGGACCCAAACUACAGCUCCUCACAGCAGCCAUGGACUGGAGCUCCUAAUACAUACUACCCCUAUUCCGCUGAGUCUUCUCUCUCCACUCAGAGCAGAUACUGCACCUCAGGAGCAAUGCAAUACUCUUUGGCAGAGAAAAUUCGAAAGAGUGCCGGAGAUGUUCCACUUCAUCACGAGUCGACUUACUUUGCAGAAAGCUACUCCAAUCCUCAUGUGAACUCCCUUGAUCCUGUUUCGAUAAAGGGGGAACCAAAUAGCCCCGCCCCCAAGAGUGGAGGUUCCAACAGCACAACCAGUGACAGGGACUCUGGUAUUGCACGAUCUCGGUCAGGGACAGUUGAGCCUCUUGAAAAUGAUGAUGGCAUCAUUGGCAGCGGGAUAGACAGUGAAUCAGACUCCACCAAACACUCACCAUCACAGCAUGACAAGGAUUACAUCCACGAGCCAAAGAAACCAAAGAGAACAAGAACAGCUUUCAGCAACAUGCAGCUUGACCAGCUGGAAUACGUCUUUGAGAAUGUCUCGCAGUAUCCCGAUGUAUUUGUACGCGAGGAGCUCUCCAAACGUCUCGGAAUUAAAGAAGACAGAAUUCAGGUCUGGUUCCAGAACAGGAGAGCUCGGUAUCGGAAGCAAGAGCGUACUGGAAGCAGAAGUUGCAGAAGCCGUUACAGAGCCCGUAGAGUGCAGAAGAUGAUUCAACAAACCCAAUCGGCGGCUGCCUCUGCUGCAAUGUAUUCCAACUUCUCUGUCCCUUCCACCACGGCUACUUCAUUUGUUCUACCGUCUCCGGGGGCACUCUCCCCUUAUAUGUCGAGCUUCCCAUUUCCCGGGGGUUUCCCGACAAUCUCGACCUCUCAAGCAAGCACCUCUGUGAGCAAUACCGGUGCACUACCAGGAUUUCACAGCCUCAGGCCGUCCCUCGCCCCCGCACUCCCCUCGUACAUGGCCGCCACUGGAGUAGCUAGGACCACCACUCAACCAUCAGCAUACGACACAAUCUAUAGCGGAACAGUUGUCACUUGUCAAAAAUAG